UGAUGGACCUAACUAGACCACCUGCUCUUCUCCGCCAAAUUGGGAUGUACACUAAGUGUGCGCAUGAACAUGAAUCAAGGGAUCCCAUUAUUUCAUAUUAUUGCCGUUUAUACGCAGCCCAAAAAGGGAUGGAGUUAGACAAAAAGUCCCCUGAAUCUAAAGCUUUCCUGAAUGCAUUGAUGGAUAAUCUCGAUGUCUUAAAAGAAAAGCAUAAAAACAGCGAAGCAAUUAUCAGCGAUACGGUUGGGCAGGCGCAUAUAGAGCAAUAUGCACUGAAGCUGCUGGAUUUUGCUUACAAAAAAGAUAUGUCCGAGGACUUCGGGCCUUCCACUAUUAAGUCAUUUUAUACUGCUGGUAUCUUAUUGGACGUCGCAGGACUCUUCGGCGAAGUUGGAGAUGAGAUUGAAAAGGCUAGAAAAUAUGCGAAAUGGAAAGCAAUAUAUAUAACCCAAUGCCUAAAAAAUGGUGAACAGCCUGUCUCAGGGCCCUUGACAGGCGAAGGUGCUGCAGAAGCUCCA